AUGCCCGGGGUGUUACCGAGUGACAGCACCGGGCCUGCGAGAGGGAGCCCCUCGAAGAAGAACCGACUCUCGCUGAAGCUCUUCCAAAAGAAAGAAGCGAAAAGGGCGCUGGAUUUCACCGAGUCCCAGGAAAAUGAACAAAAGAGCUCCGAGUGCAGAGGCCCUGAGGUUGAUCAAGUGGUUCCUGCGGCACAGCCUCCCUCGCUUGUUAGCUGUGAGAAAAAAGACAAUAUGUUGCCUUUUGUGGGCUUGAACAAUCUGGGUAACACUUGUUACCUCAACAGUGUACUUCAGGUAUUAUAUUUUUGUCCUGGUUUUAAAACUGGAGUAAAACAUUUAUAUAACAUCAUUUCAAAGAAGAAAGAGUCUUUGAAGGAGGAAGGAGAGCAAAAAGCAGAAAAGGGAAAUUGCAAAGAAGAUCCACUGGCAAGUUAUGAACUAAUCUGCAGUUUGCACUCGUUGAUUCUUUCAGUGGAGCAGCUUCAAGCCAGCUUUCUCCUAAAUCCAGAAAAAUACACAGAUGAACUUGCUACUCAGCCACGAAGGCUACUGAAUACCCUUAGAGAGCUCAACCCUAUGUAUGAAGGCUACUUGCAGCACGAUGCCCAGGAAGUUCUGCAGUGCAUCCUAGGGAACAUUCAAGAAACGUGUCAGCUCCUGAAGAAGGAAGAAUUGAACAAACUGCCCAUGGAAGAGCCUGCAGCUAAACUGGAGGAAAAAUUUGAUCAAAAUACUGAGAUUAAUGGAACAGGCAACCCUGCUGAGGAGGAGGACAGCGUACCAAGUGGCCGUGUUGGAAAGGUAGCUGAAGACAAGCUGCUCAAAGGAAACGGGAAAAGAAAAAGUGAUGCUGAGGGUGGCAACGCAAAGAAAAAAUCCAAAGUAUCAAAAGAGCAAAUUGCAGCAGCAGAAGAGAAUCAAAGACAAACCAGGUCAAAGAGGAAAGCAACAGGAGAAAAGCUAGAAAAUCAAACUGAUGCCAUCGCCAAGUGUUCCGGUGAAAAUGAGAGCGCGAAGCCGACGCAGAAGAAGUCGCGGCUUAGAUUAAACUGGUUAAAAUCUUCAGGCAAGCAGCCUAGUAUACUCUCUAAAUUUUAUAGUCUAGGAAAGUUAACUACAAACUUGGGAUCCAAAGACCCAGAGAAAGAAUACGAUGACAGUGAGCUUGAAGAGUUGUCUGUAAAAUGCAAAAAUGGUAACAAUAUUAAAGAAGAAUAUCAUGAACCAGCCUCUCCUGUGGAAAGCCAUAAUGAAAAAGGAACUGAGAAAGAACCUAAAAAGGAAGGUACAGAGCUAGCUGUUCUUGAGCUGGUGGAGAAGCUGUUCCAGGGCCAGUUGGUGCUGCGAACGCGGUGCUUGGAGUGCGAGUGCUUUACUGAAAGGAGAGAAGAUUUCCAGGACAUCAGUGUUCCGGUGCAGGAAGAUGAGCUUUCGAAAACUGAGGAGAGUUCUGAAAUUUCUCCAGAGCCAAAAACAGAAAUGAAGACUCUAAAAUGGGCAAUUUCACAGUUUGCGUCAGUGGAAAGGAUUGUGGGAGAGGAUAAAUAUUUCUGCGAAAACUGCCACCAUUACACAGAAGCAGAACGCAGCCUUUUAUUCGAUAAAAUGCCUGAAGUUAUAACAAUUCAUUUGAAGUGCUUUGCUGCUAGUGGCCUAGAGUUUGAUUGCUACGGAGGCCUCUCCAAGAUCAACACUCCCCUGCUGACGCCUCUCAAGCUGUCUCUGGAAGAGUGGAGCACCAAGCCGACCAACGACACCUACGGGCUGUUUGCGGUGGUAAUGCACAGCGGCAUCACCAUCAGCAGCGGACACUACACCGCGUCUGUCAAAGUGACCGACCUCAACAGCCUGGAGCUGGACAGGGGCAACUUCAUCACCGACCAAAUGUACGACAUGAUUAAACCAGAGCCGCUCAAUGAGGAGGAGGCAAGAACUGUGGCUGAAGACUACGACGACAGUGAAGUCUCGUGUAGAGUCAAUGGAAAUGCGCAGCCGGGUAAGGUCCUGAACAAAAAGAACAUGGAAGCUGUCGGACUUCUAGGGGGGCAGAAGAGCAAGCCCAACUGCGACCUGUACACCACCAAGCCGGCCAACCCCGAGAAGUUCCUUAACGUAGUUCCUGAGAACAGAAACCCUGAGUCCAGCAGUAGUAAUGGGAGCGUGGAGAGCAGCUCGGGACGCAAUGAGCAGAACGGCGUCGCCUCCAGUGGACUGGAAAACAAAGCUCUGUACGUGCUGCAGAGCCUCAAGGAGUACGAAGGGAAGUGGCUGCUUUUUGAUGACUCUGAAGUGAAGGUGACGGAAGAAAAGGACUUUCUGAAUUCCCUUUCUCCGACAUCGUCAUCUACAUCAACUCCUUACCUACUGUUUUAUAAGAAAAUUGUAGAGUGAUGCUGUAUUUUGACUGUACAUAUUAGGGACUUGCAUACACCUAUUGGUCUGAUUUGCAUCAAAACUACCUGGAAGAAACCGCUGUUUGUUUUUGAAGCUACUGGGUUAUAACGUUUCUGGUCUUUUUUGUUUGUUGUAAGUGGCUCAACUUGAAUUAACGAACCAUGACGUAGAACCUGGCUCACACAAUAACUGUUUUUGCUGGAGAAUAGUGGUAUUACCUUUUAGAAAUACCAAUUUGUAUAGUUCCUCAAGGAUGCCUACAGUACACGGUAGUGGUUUUAACACACCUCUAGGUCUCAGACACACCUAUUGUAUUAUUAGCCUUUUUUUUUUUUUAAAUAAAACUUAUUUGUAUUCAUAUUCUGGAGUAAAUGUAUAUUAACUAGCAAAUUUCAUCAGAAGUUGUGUAUU